AUGGCUGAUGGCGUCUCAAUACGCUUCAUGGCGAAGAUUAUCUCAAACAGAGGCGUAGGUGCCUCGGCGACCCUUACCUCCACCCGAGUGGGCAGGACGAUGUCUGACGUGACUGAUAGCCUAAAAGACACUCCGAGGACCAUGGCAUUAAUUCUCCGUGUCUUGUCCUCAAUAUCUGCCCAUUGCCAGUUUACGGUUUUGCUGAGCGACUUCGUUCGAGUACCGCAUUUGCUUGCACCUCCAGCUUAUCCGCUCGGUCGUAUCGGGACUGGUGAGGUAAAGGCAUGGUGCAGCGGGUGCACCCGACACACAAAGAGCCUAGCCUGCGUUCUGGAUGUGCUUUUGAGUUUACGACUCGUGCAUUGCUCUGCGCCUUGUGCGUGUGGAUCAACGGGGUGGCGUUACCGUGUCUGUCUCGGCAUCAGCAUCCUUUUCUGCAUCAACACACGCGCGGGUAAUUGCGAUGAUCAUCAAGGGUGCUCUGCCUUGUUGUGCAUAGAUCAUGAUAAAAUUGCAGUCAAAAAACACAAUAAGAGGAGACAAGAUUGGGGAGAGACGAGGUACGGUACGAAGUUGAUCCGAUUGCCCUGCAAAUAAGAUCUCGCUAUACCCUAGAGCGAGCUCGCCAAGGGUUGUAGCAUCUACCCAGCUUCCACUAGCCGCCUGAGAGGUCUAACAAUUUUCUUGAGCGCUCAGCGAGCUUCAAGCUCGAGCCAACAGUGCAAUGAUACGCUCUGUAAUGUGCCCAACGCAC